AUGUCAACUCUAGAUAUUCAACCAGAAUUGGAUCCUAUUGAGACAGCAAAAUUAGCGUCUCCUGCUAGCUCAUCUUUACCAUUUCAUGUGCUCAUACUGAGGAUUAUUUUAAGUGUUCUAGUAUGUUUCCUUGGUUAUUAUUAUUUGUACAAAAAAGCUCAAGCAAUGAGAAGGAGAAAUCAAAUGGUCGAUAAAUUACCUGGACCCAAAUCGUUUAACCCAUUGAUGGGAAAUUUACCAAUAGAGAUACUUAAAUAUAUUGGCGCUGACUAUGAAGCUUCAAAGGAUCUUUAUUACAUAAAAGACGAACCAGCAAAACUGAGCAAACCAAAUAAACAAGCUGUUAAGCCUGACGCGCUAUUCACUAAAACAAUUUUAUCCAACAACUUUCUCCUCGAUAAAUCAUCUCAAUAUGAUUUACUUCACCCAUGGUUAGGAACUGGUUUAUUAACAUCAACUGGUAAUAAAUGGCGAUCUCGAAGGAAACUCUUGGUUCCAGCAUUUCACUUCAAGAUUCUACACGAUUUUGUGCCUGUUUUCAAUGAACAAGGAAGCAUUAUGGUUUCAAGAUUAAGAGAAAUCGCAAGAUCUGGUGAAGCAAUCGACAUUGUACCCGUUGUUACUGCUUGUACAUUGGACAUAAUCUGUGAAACCAUAAUGGGAGUAUCGAUUGGUGCCCAAAACAACCCUAACAAUAGUUAUUGUCGAGCUGUUUAUGAAGUCGGGGAAUGUUUCCUUGAAAGAUUGAUGCAACCAAGUUAUUGGCCAGAUGCAAUCUACUAUCGUCUGGAGCGAGGUAAAGAGUUUCGACGUAAAGUUCAGCAUCUUCAUGAUUUCACAAUGGGAGUUAUUCGAGAUCGUAAAGAUGAAAUGAUGAACAAGCAAGGGAGACGACAAUCUACAAUCAGUUUGUCAACUGGUUCAGGUGAACCCAUUUCAUUGUCAAUGCCAGCUUCUGGUGAAAGAAGGUUAGCCUUCAUGGACUUGCUUUUGAAACAUCAUAUCAAUGGUGGUGAACUAUCGGAAGAGGAUAUUCGAGAAGAAGUAGAUACAUUCAUGUUUGAAGGCCAUGACACUACAGCCAUGGCAAUGUCUUGGAUAAUUUAUCUUCUUGGUCACAACAUGGAGGUACAAGAUCGCCUUGCAUUGGAAGUUGACUCGUUAUUUGAUGAUUUACAUUCAGAAAUGAGAAACGAAUCCAAUUCAUCAUCAACAACUGAAAUUACUUUGGAUGCUAUUAAACAGCUUAAAUAUUUAGAUUGUGUUGUUAAAGAGGGUUUGCGACUUUGCCCAUCGGUUCCGUUGAUCGGUAGAUCAGCCACUGAAGAUAUGACCAUUUCAGGUCAUGUUGUACCCGCUGGAACAGUCAUUUAUUGCUUCAUCUAUCAACUCCACCGAGAUCCAGAAAUUUUCCCAGAUCCUGAAGUAUUCAAUCCUGAUAGAUUUUUACCUGAAAACUCUGGUGGUCGACAUCCAUUUGCUUUUGUCCCUUUCUCAGCUGGACCACGAAAUUGUAUCGGACAAAAAUUUGCUCUUGCUGAGCUUAAAAUUGUUUUAGCUCGAUUGAUCCGCCAUUAUCGAUUUGUUUCCCUCGAUCAACCUGAUAAAGUUUUAUUCACUAUGGAAAUGGUUCUUAGACCUAAAGUUCCAAUCAAAGUUAAAGUAUACGAAAGAGUUUUCAAUCGAACUCCUUACGGGUCAUUGAAUAUGGUCCAAUAA